AUGUUUUCAUCUUGGGCGAUGUGUUUGACCGUGGUGAUGAAGUUAGCGACACCAUCUAACUUAAGCAAAUCGGUCGACUCGACAGCGCCCAUCAUAAACGUAAUUAACGGCAAUCACGACAUCGGCUUUCACUACGCGAUGACCACAUCGAGUAAAUCCCGUUUUGACCAUUCAUUCAACACAUCGGCCGCAAAACUCAUACAAAUAAAUGGCAUUAAUUUUGUUACCAUAAACAGUGUCACAAUGGAGGGCGACUAUUGCCACCUAUGUUCCCGAGCCGUACAACAAUUACGUACAAUUGGACACCAAUUACGUGAUUAUACCGAUAGGCCGGUAGUGUUAACACAUUACCCAUUGUAUCGACGGAACGAAACGGAUUGUGAUAACAAAGGAUAUGAUGCAGACUCGAUGCCGGAAUCGGAUCGACUGAUACCCUAUAGGCCUAAGUGGGACUGUUUGUCGGCCAACGCUACCCGAUAUAUACUGGACACUCUGCGGCCACGACUAGUGGUCAACGGACACACCCAUUAUGGGUGCCAUAGACGACACGCCGCGGGUAGUGUUGACGAGUGGACUGUCGGCGCGUUUAACUAUAGACACGCCAGUAGUCCGAGUGUGUUGUUGGCGGUAGUGUCGCCACAUUUGCAUAAAAUUAAUAAGUGUCUGUUGGCCAGUGAUCUGAUGUUUCACGCAAUUGAUGCAAUAUUUUCAAUGGACAAAGUAUAA